GUGACGUAAAUAACAAUGGGCGUGGCUUCCUGGUGCAUUUGUAUUCCUGCCUCCGUGCAGCUCAAUGCGGAAGACAAACAGGGAACAAGAUUUCUGAUAAACUGAGAUACCAGACGUGAAGAAAGUUUCCAAGGAGUUUGAUUGAGCCCUGAAGUGUUUGACUUGUCAAGUCAAAAAUCCUAACCAUGUGGCCAAAUCAAGGUCCUGCCCCUCCAAUUGGCCAACCAAACCCUGCCUACCCUCCUGGCUACAACCCUGCAUAUCAUGUUGCACCUCCAUCAGGACUCUUCCCCCAACCUCCACAUGGGCAAUACCCGGCUGGGCAAUACCCGGCGGGGCAAUACCCCGCUGGACAACACCCCUCUGGGCAAUACCCUGCUGGGCAAUACCCCACUGGCAUGAACCCAGCCAUGGGACCACAUGUUCCUCCAGGGGCCAUGCCUUAUAGUGCUUCGGGACCUCAUCCUUAUCCUAUGGCUCCAGGUGGAUAUCCACUAGUCCCUUCUGCCGGUGCUCACCCAGGUCCAUACCCACACUCUCCAAAAGGGUGUCACCAAAAAGGCCAUAAAGACUACAAGGGCCAUAAAGACCACAAGGGCCACAAAGGGCACCACAAAGAUCAUCAUCAUGGAGGGUUAAAUCCCAUGGCUGGUGCAUGCGCCGGAGGAUUGGCUGGAAUAGGAAUGGGGUUGGUUGGACAUAAAGCCCACAAAAAGAUGAAAAAGGUGAAAAAGAUGAAAGCGCACAAGGGAAACAAACAUGGCAAGUCCUCCAGCAGCAGUAGCAGCAGCAGCAGCAGCAGCAGCAGCAGCAGUGACUGAGACGAAGGCCACCAGGCUUUUUCAGAAAUGUUGCAUUACAAAAGUGCAACCUUACUAAUAAAAAUAAACACACUAAAGUCAUACUUAUCACUUUAAACCGGACAUAAGAAUUGAAAAUUAAAUUAAAUAAAGGUAGAAAAAACGUUUCUAUCAUAUCUCGCUAGAAAUGCAUGCAUACGGUGCUGUAAACAUUUUCACAGCAUUUUGCUGUUUGCAUUCCAUCAUGUCUGCAGUUUGUUGUGUUUUUGAAAAAUGUUCACCUUCAAGUACAUUAGUGUCCAAACCUAUUGAAAUUAUUUGAAGAGGGGCUGCAGCAUUGAUUUAUGAGAAUAUCUAAUAUUGUGAUUUAGUAAAAGAAAAUAUGUAUAUUUUGCUUUUUAACCUUGAGAUGAAGAAUGCUACAGAUAUUGAGUGUCUUUAUUUAGGCCAACUUUAUGCUAAAUUGUGUUCACUGCUACACAUGACUGCAUUAUUCAGCAUUGCUUUGUAUUUGCAUUAAUUCUUAUUACAUAUAGAGGGUCUUAAAUUAAACAUUUAAGAAAUAAAUAAAAAGACUAACACAAUU